GUUUUCAUGGAUUGCAGGAGCAUUCGGUGGAGCGGUCCUCACGAUAGAAAUGCGUCUCUAUAUUGCAUCCGUUUUGGCUCUCGUCGUGGCUGUCGGAGCCGACCUCACAAAUUUUGAGCAUUUCAAGGAACACUUCGGGAAAACCUACGAAGGAGACGAACAUGCACUGCGUCAGGGAAUUUUUCAACGCAAUCUCGCUCACAUCGAGAAGUUCAACGCUGAGAAAGCCGCAUCACGUGGAUACACUCUCGGCAUCACUCAAUUUGCUGACAUGAGCACCGCGGAGUUCCGUCAAACCUAUCUCGGUUUGCGAAUGAACGCCUCAACGAUCGCGAAGCUGAGGAAACUGCAGAGGGAAGUUGUGGCGGACGACCGUGAUCUUCCCGAAGCAGUCGAUUGGCGUGACAAAGGAGCCGUGUCGCCUGUCAAAGACCAAGGUCAAUGCGGUUCGUGCUGGGCUUUCUCGACGAGCGGUGCAAUUGAAGGACAACACUUCCUCAAAAACGGCGAGCUCCUCUCUCUGUCUGAGCAACAGAUGGUCGACUGUUCUUGGCUCGACUUCGGUUGCAACGGUGGUCAGCCAAUGCUUGCCAUGGAGUACGUCCGUUUCAACGGAGGCCUCGAACUCGAGACCGCUUAUCCCUACAAGGGCGUCGGCGGAUCUUGCCACUCGGAUAAGAAGUCAGCGGCCGCAAAAAUCACUGGUUUCUGGAUGGCCGGUUUCUACAGUGAGAGUGCGCUCCAAAAGGCUGUUGCUAAAGUAGGACCCAUCAGCGUGGGAAUGGAUGCUUCUGGAGAGGACUUCCAACACUACAAAUCAGGCAUCUACAACCCCGAAUCGUGCAGCUCGAUCGGCCUGGAUCACGCUGUGUUGGCUGUCGGCUACGGGACGAGUGAUGACGGCGACUACUGGUUGGUCAAAAACUCGUGGAACACUAGCUGGGGAGAGAAAGGCUAUUUCAAGCUGCCUAGGAACAAAGGCAACAAAUGUGGAAUCGCCACCACGCCCAUUUACCCCACAGUAUGAGUUGUCAUCACAGAAAUGGAUUCGAAGCAAUAACCCGAGAGAAGCAAGAAUCUGUAAAAAUGAAG